AUGAUCUGUUAUUCAAGUUCGGUGAAUGGAGGAGGGAAGUACGCCGUAAAUACUUUCAGAAAUUUCGUUUGUGGUACUCCAUUCUAAACGUUUUUCAAGUGCGUGUAAUUAUGAUAUGACAAAAUUAGUGUUUUGAACUUGAAUUGUGUAAUAGUGUAGUAAAAUGGCUGGUGCGGGGCCGAGGAUUUUGGACCGAUUUCUACCUGCCCUCUUCGGGUGUUUGCUUGUGAUACAUCUAGCGGAAUACGUCCCGACGGCAUCAGCGGACGAUGGCCACUGUAUCUGGUACGGGGUCUGUUCCAACGCCACGGAGCCGAAGAGAGUCAACUGCUUCUACAAUGGCACAGCGAAACCUGUUGAGCCGGAUGCCAAGAUAAUUCUAGAGAAAUAUUGCCCGGACAUCGCAGCCGGUGGAGUAUCAUGCUGCGACAAGGGCCAGCUGAUGAACCUGGACUCGAGCAUUUCCAUCGCGCGAACAAUGCUGGCUCGCUGUCCGUCCUGCUGGGACAACUUCAUCAAGCAUGUCUGCGCGCUCACCUGCUCGCCGCAACAGAGCAGCUUCCUCAAGCCUGUUAGAGUCGAGCGCUUCAAUUCUACUACCGAUCGGAUCCAGGAGAUCGAUUACCACCUGAGCUCUACAUACAUGGGUGCUGUGUACAACUCUUGCUCACAGGUGCAAGUUCCAUCGACCAACGGCCUAGCCCUGGACGUGAUGUGCGGAGACGCCGGUUCACAGUACUGCACCCCCCAGAAGUGGUUCACGUAUAUGGGCGACGCGGCUGGUAACCCCUACGUGCCCUUCCAGAUCAACUACUUAGGUGGAGACGCGCCCGUUGAUGGUUUCACGCCAUAUAAUCCUGAGACCAGGCCCUGCAAUGUUGGAGUCAAUGGUCAACCCGGGUGCUCCUGCCUAGACUGUGACGCGGCGUGUCCGGCACCUCCCCCUCGGCCUCCGCCCCCGAAGCCGUUCAGCAUCAACGGGGCGGACGGCUACGCAGUCGUCAUGGCUAUAGUGUUCCUCAUCUUCACCACGCUGUUCCUCGGAGGAGUCUUCUGUUGUAACCAGCAGGAUAACACUGUCGACGGGUGGGCGCGAGGCGCGGACGCGCGGCGCGGCGGCGGCCCCGAGACCAGCCCGCUGCACUCCCACCGCUCCAGCGUGGCGUCAGAGCACAACCAAGAAAUGGCUACCAACCCUCAAUGGAACAUCGACCAACCUGACGGCGCUACCGACAUCACAUUCUUCGAACGUCUAGGAGCCACCACAGAAACCAAGCUGGAGGAUUUCUUCCAAUGGUGGGGAGUUACCAUGGCCUCAAGGCCUUGGGUAGUUUUGUUCUUUGGUCUCUGCCUAGUGGUAGCUCUCGGCCACGGUAUGAAGUACAUGCAAGUCACAAAGAACCCCGUGGAACUCUGGGCAGCGCCCAACUCCCGGUCACGCAUCGAGAGGGAAUACUUCGACUCCCACUUCGAGCCAUUCUACAGGACAGAAAUGCUCAUCAUCAGCUCCAAGAAUCUACCAAAGAUAGAAUACAUAACGCAGAACAAGACGUUGGAGUUUGGGCCCGUGUUUCAUUCCAAGUUCCUGCUUGAAAUUCUCAAUCUGCAGACUAAGAUUUUGGCGCUAGGGAACGACACGGGUAUCGAAGACAUUUGCUUCGCUCCCCUAUCGUCUCCGUUCACCGGCCCUGUUACUCCUGACAAGUGUGCUGUCAUGUCCAUUUGGGGCUGGUGGCAAGAUGACGCGGACAACCUUGAGGACAACCUUGAAGAUAACAAGUAUUUGGAGCAAGUACUUACGUGUAGCAACAACCCAUACAACCAGGACUGCCUAGCCCGCUACGGCGGCCCGGCGCUCCCAGCGGUAGUACUAGGAGGCUUCCUAUCUCCCGGCGAGCCCCUGAGCAAGCACUCACGCUUCCACGAGGCCAACGCACUCAUAUUGACCUUCCUUGUCAACAAUAACCACAAUAAGGAUGAGUUGGUACCAGCGCUGGAAUGGGAGAAGAUAUUUAUCGAUUUCCUAAAGAAUUACACUGAGAACGAAAUGCCAGAGUUCAUGGACAUAGCAUACACAUCGGAGCGGUCUAUUGAAGAUGAGCUGGAGAGAGAGAGUCAGAGUGACGUGUCGACUAUCAUCGUCUCUUACUUCAUCAUGUUCGCGUAUAUCGCUAUCUCGCUCGGACGUUUCACUACGUUCUCGCGCCUGCUGAUUGAUAGUAAAGUGACGCUGGGACUUGGAGGCGUAUUGAUCGUGAUAGCAUCAGUAGUAUGCUCGAUCGGCAUGUUUGGUUUCAUCGGCGUGCCGGUAACGCUCAUCAUAGUGGAGGUGAUACCGUUCCUGGUGCUGGCUGUGGGCGUGGACAACAUCUUCAUACUGGUGCAGACUAACCAGAGAGAGGGCCGCCGGCCUGACGAGACGGUAGCUGAUCAUAUCGGCAGAACGCUCGGGCAAGUGGGUCCGUCGAUGUUCCUGACGUCGGUGUCGGAGUCGGUGUGCUUCUUCCUGGGCGCGCUGAGCGACAUGCCGGCGGUGCGCGCCUUCGCGCUGUACGCAGGCGCUGCGCUGCUGGUGGACUUCCUGCUGCAGGUCACCUGCUUCAUCGCGCUGCUGGCCAUCGACACUCACCGCCAGAACGCCAACAGGUUCGACGUGUUCUGCUGCGUGCAGGGCACGAAGGCUGACAACACGGACGCGGGCGAGGGGGCCCUCUACAACCUGUUCAAACAUGUCUACGUGCCGUUCCUCAUGAAGAGGGAGGUCAGGGCCUCCGUCAUGAUCAUAUUCUUCGCUUGGCUCUGUUCUUCUGUAGCUGUGGCGCCGCACAUAGAAAUCGGUUUAGACCAGGAGCUAUCGAUGCCGCAAGACAGCUUCCAGCUGAAAUACUUCCAGCACCUCAACAAGUACCUGAACAUCGGUCCUCCGGUGUACUUCGUCGUCACAGAAGGACUGGAUUACUCCGAGGAAAGCGCCCAGAAUAUGAUAUGCGGAACGAGAUUCUGUAGACCUGACAGUCUUGCCAAUCAGCUGUUUUCUGCGUACCGUACCCAGAAUGAGACGUACAUAGCGCAACCAGCGAACUCGUGGCUGGAUGACUUCUUCGACUGGGCAGAACUUUCUGAGUGCUGCAAAUACUUCUCAGGAAAUAACAGCUUCUGUCCUAACACGCAUUCAGACUGCGAGAAAUGCAACAUCCCACUUCUCGGCCCAGAGAAGCGCCCUAGCCCUUCAGACUUCCAGAGAUACACGCCAUACUUCUUGCAAGACAACCCUGGCUCCGAAUGCCCUAAGGCAGGCCACGCCGCCUACGGCCAAGCGGUCAACUACAAAUAUAAAUAUAACAACAAAUCCUUGGCACAAGUCGGCGCAACUUACUACCAAGGAUAUCACACAGUCCUCAAAACUAGUUACGAUUACUACUCAGCGCUAAGAGGCGCGAGGAACGUAGCCGCAAAUCUAACGGAGACAAUAAAUAGAAAUCUCAAAGAAGAAGGCAAGAAUACAACAGUGAACGUGUUCCCAUAUUCAGUGUUCUAUGUGUUCUACGAACAGUAUUUGACCAUGUGGCCCGAUACAUUGAAGAGUAUGGGUAUUUCGGUGCUGUCGAUAUUCAUUGUGACGUUUAUCCUUAUGGGCUUCGAUCUGUUUUCGGCUUUGGUGGUAGUGAUAACAAUAACGAUGAUAGUGGUCAACCUGGGCGGGCUUAUGUACUGGUGGGGCAUCAGUCUCAACGCUGUCUCGCUAGUUAACUUGGUGAUGGCAGUGGGCAUAGCGGUGGAGUUCUGCUCGCACCUGGUGCACACGUUCAGCGUGAGCGGCGGCUCGUGCCGCGUGUCGCGCGCGUCGUCGGCGCUCGUGCGCAUGGGCUCCAGCGUGCUGUCCGGGAUCACACUCACCAAGUUCGGCGGCAUCAUCGUGCUCGGCACCGCCAAGAGCCAGAUAUUCCAGGUGUUCUACUUCCGUAUGUACCUGGGCAUCGUGUUGUUCGGGGCGGCCCACGGACUGAUCUUCCUGCCAGUCAUGCUCAGUUAUAUCGGCAUAACCCGACAUCGGGGACGUUGGCGGGUGCUGCGGCGAGGUGCCACCUACGGCAGUCUAGACGAGACGGAGCCCCGGGCCUCCACUAGCGGCACUGUCAACGACCUCACCAACGAACUCUGAACAGUAGUCGAAACGACUAUAUGGACUCGACAAUCAGUCAUUUCUUUGGUUUUGAUAAGUGUUAAAUAAGCUGUGAUUAAGACUCCAUUUUAUAGUGUGAAUUGUGUGCGAUUUAUGAAGCUCAAUGCAUAUAAAGGCGGCAGAGUGUAUCGGGCCGGAAUAUUGUUGUAUUAAAAACUGCAACUCCUCAGUUGUCGCGUCUGACAACUCCGUCUCUAUUGCAUUGGGCUUAAAGGUAUGUAUACACGAUAAGUCUCGACUGAGUGAUGGCGGAGCUUAGCUAAGCUUAGAAUGCACUAUGUGGACCGAAAAAGCUUUACAUGUGUACAUAAGUACUUGUCAAGUUUACAGUUGGUCUAUAGUAUUUUGGUUUUUGUGAGGGUGAAAUAGCAGUAACUUUUAGCUUUACCCAUAUGUAAUAUAAUAGGCAAAGUCAAAGUUGCAUACAGUGAGCAGAAUAAUGUGAAAGAAAACCAGGUAUGCUCAAAAGUGACAGUUAACAUUUCAAGGUUAGCCUAGCUGACGUCAUCCCGCCCUGCGUUGCCAUUUCGUAAAAAAAAAAUACCCACGACCAAUGUUUUUAUAUUUACUUUGCAAGGAAAUUUUGUACUUUUAGUAAAAGACUUACGUACCAUUUUAAUUAUUGUUGUAUAUGUGACAAAUAAUAGUAAUUAAAUACAAUAGUCAGUAAUUUACUUAAUUUUCAAUAAUAAAAUUUACGUCCUUGGAAUGUUGGAGAUACCAAUUUAAUGGUAACACUUACGUCAUCAAAGGGCUAGCAAUGGCGGCUUGUCAUAGGAUUGAGCAUACCUGGUUUUCUUAUACCAUGGUUUUAACUACACUGUGUAUUAAGACAAUGAGACUGCAUAAACAACUAUUUCACUCUCAAAAACAAACACCACUUAUGUUGUGUAAAAUUUUAAAUGAAAUAUAAUAUAGUAUCAAAAUGUUCCAUCGGCUUUACCUACCGUGCAAAAUUUGGGUUAUAAAAUCCCACAUAAAUAUGUAAGUAUUUAAUCGUGGGUUUUAUUUCCUAGUCUCUUUUGAGUAUCACUACUAUUAUUAAGAACUACUUUAAAAUCAGGCUGUAAUGCUAGUACAAAUACUGUCAUAGUGGGCCAUGUUAAAUCGAAGUAGUUUAAAAUAAUCGUGUUCAUAGAUGCAGUGGUAUUUGUAUCCUUUCAGUAUAUUGUUAAAUGGCAACAUCGUUGACAAUCACGCUUUGCUUUCUCGGGUGGUCCAACUGUUCUGUUCAUCCAAUUGGACCGUUGGCCUUUGGUGGUCCAACUGUUAUACUCGUUUACCGUUUCCCGUUUAUCACAGAGUCCGCUUACCUAACCUGAAGAUUUAACAGGUUCAGUUUUUUACAGAAGCGACUGCCUGUCUGACCUUCCAACCCGCGAAGGAAAAAUCGGCCCAAUACAGCCCAAUGUAGGUUUCCUCACGAUGUUUUCAUUUACGGCUGAGCACGUGAUAAUAAUUUAUGAUCCAAACAUGAAUUCGACAAUCAUUGGUUUAGGCCUGUGCUGGAUUCGAACCUGCGACCUCAAGGUGAGACGCAAGCGUUCUACCAACUGGGGUACCACGGCUUAGUCGUUUACCGUUUAUUCAACCUAAAUUGUUUCAUUUGUUUCAUGUGGUCAAUGACCGACGUCAUCAUUUGGACAUUUAAGACUAUAUUUCCUUCGAACUUUGUCUUUUAAUAACAUAACGUAACCUCACGAGUACAUUAUUUACCACCAAUUCGAGUACCAAUUCAGAGUUACAUCUAUCGCAAGAUGAACUAAGUACCCACGCUACACCGAGCUUUUGUCAGACCGCCAUAAUAAGUACCAUUUAUUAUUGAUAUUUGGUAAAAAUACAAUAAUGGGUGAAGUCUUAUGUGCGAGCCUUCGAAAACGAUGAAAGAAAAGUUAGACCACGACAUGAAAGUAGUUUUUGUGAUUGGAUGACUGUGAUUUAUGUUGCCAAUAUAAAAAUAUUACUUGUAUAUAUACAUAAUGUAUGUAAAUAUUCCUGUUUAUACCCCAUGUGGCAAGUUCCAGUUUUUAUCAAAUAUUUGUGUUGUCAAAACUAGAAUAAGGCAAGGCAUUGUGAUUUUUGUGGAUAUCAAAAAUAUGACUGAUCGACGUCCAAGAUGGUACGCUGGUACUUAGGUUGGCUGGUACAGGGAUGCCAUUAGAAAAUAUUGUUUAAAGUCAAAGGUUUCUGGACCCGUGUAAGCAGAGGUAUAUAGUAUACACAUGCACUCGUCGCCAGCUGUAGGGGGCGAACCUAUUUCCAUUAUCCGGGAAUGUAACCUGAAAACUACGUGAUAUCAGUUAUCUAUCCAAACAUAGUUCAAACUCAUAAGUGACUAUAACUCAUAAUAUAACGAUGACUACAUUCAUGACUUUAAACAAUAUUUUGUAAAUUACAUUCUUUUUGCUUCUAAAGCUAGUAUAGAUCAGCCUAAUCAUAAUUAUUAUUAACAGUAUAUGAUAUAAUACGAGAAUAGAUUCUAAGUCAUAAAUAUUAAUUAAAACAAUUUAAGAUUCGGCUAGUCUCGAUGACCAAACGGUGCGAUUAUGGCGGGAAAAAACUUUAUUUUAUAUUAGUUUGACAGCUGUAAAGAGGAGUUGUUUUUACUUACCACAAGCGCUAAACUAGAAGAAGUAGUCGAAGUCAGUGAAUUGAUUAUAGCUGUUUCUAUUUGCAAAAUAUUGUUGCCAUAUUUGUUGUUUUUUUUUUUAGAUUUUUGGCCUGGCCUAUUUUUGUAAUAUGGCAAUGGUCUAAAGGUCUAUGCAACCAAUCCUGGAAAAAAUACAAAGAAAAAAUGGCAACGAAUCAAAUAAUUUAUGCAAAUAAAAGAGCAUUAAUAUUUUAGCGAGCUGUCAAACUAGUUCUAAAUAAUUUAUUCUACCAGAAUCGGUAUUAUUGACUCUUUAGUUCAAUUUUAAUUUUAUUUUCUUAUGAUAUUAUUACCGGUAUAUUGGCUAUACAGAUAGUUUUUUGGGAUUAAAGUUAAAAUUAUUUGACUUUUAAUUUUCUACUGUUUUGUAACAUACUAACAUGUCUAUUAGAAUAUGAGUAUUAAAAACCGUAUCUAAAGAAUUUUUUAGGAUUAACUGACAAAGUCAACCGUAAUGUAAUAUAAAAUAACCCAAAAAAAAGAUAAAAACCAUUCUAAUGCCAAUGUAUUGUCAUUGAAAAAAUCUCUUGUAAAAAUUUAAUUUUUAGGUAUUUUUUAUGUAAAUAAUAUGCGGUCACAUGCAUUUAGUCUAUAAGUAAGUAGAUUUGUUUGCAUGUGCCUUUCGAAGUCAAUUCAAUGUUUUUGUAAUAACUUACGCUUCAUAUAUAAAUAUUAUAAAAAUAAAUUGAUUCACUAAUAAUAAUAAUGUAAAAAUAAGGAAUAAUAAUGUUAUACAGUGGUGCUAAUUCCUGUAAAUACCAUCUAAUUUUAUUUUAAGUUAUAUCUGUCAUUUUCUUAUCCGCCGAAAAGGAAAGGGACGGGUAAUCGACAAGCAAAAUUUAUGGAACACACGUCAAUUUUAAGCACAAAUCUAAACCAACCGUCUAAAAAUUUUACAUCUGUCAAUAACCCGUCACAGUUAAGUAGACAGCACGUCAAACGGAUUGCAUACCAGCGACGUACCUUUUGAUUCGCCCGGGUUAUUCAUUCAUUUACUCAUUCUUCCUAAAAUUAAGAGCUGUGAAUCAUCCGUCCCUUUCCUUUUCGACGGAUAUCAAAAAGACGGAUAUAACUUAAAAUAAAAUUAGGCGAUGUCUGCAGGAAUCGGGGCCAGUACCUACAGUUAAUGCAUUAACAAGUCGUCAUCUCCCUAGCAUUACCCUGUUUUCACAGGGUCCGCUUACAGAAGUACAGAAGCGACUGCCUGUCUGACCUUCCAACCCGCGAAGGAGAAUCACUGGUUACGUCACAUAUCUCCGAAACGCAUUUCUCGAAAAUGUGGGUUUUCUUACGAUGUUUUCCAUCACGGCUGAGCACGUGAUAAUUAUUUAUGAUCUAGACAUGAAUUGGAAAAUAAUUGGAUAAGGUCCAUGCUGGAUUCGACCCUGCGACUUCACAGUGUGAGUCAAGCGUUCUUCUAACUGGCAUAUUAAAUUGAUAGGGUACGGUCACAAGCAUUAAUAUGUAUACACUUUGGUACCAUGUCACAUUAACUUUUUGGACAAAUUGAACUGUAAGUCUCACUAUAUUUCAAAUAUGUUAGUGCGACAGAAUCCUAAAGUGGGUACAUUAUAUUGCUCAUAACUGUACUUAGUGAUUACUUAUCUGUGGGCACUAAUCCUAGAAAGUAACUUAUAUUUAUCUGCUUUAAAAAUACACAUUUGGUAUUGAGGUCCUAAAAUGGAUACGAUGAUUGUUGACAGUCUGGUGAUUGGUUACCAUCAACGAUGAACAGGUCAGAUGGUGCUAAGAAUCCUCAAGUCAACCACCGAGAAAAUGGACCCAAAAAUACAAUUUUCCGUCGUUUAGGCUGUGUGUGUGGGUUACCUCGUCAAUCCACUGGGUGUCAGGGUUAUUAUUCAGACAAAUAUGAAUUUUAAUUUUAAAAAAACAGACUAUAUUAUUAGUGAAUCAAUUUCGACUCUAAGGUAUUUUAUGUUUUCAAGUACCUAUUCUUAACGUGGCUGUGGCGCCUUUAUAUUGUUAAAAUAUUUAGGGUCUAUAAGCCUUAUUAAAAGGGUUAGUAAAAAACAAUAAAUGCCUAAAAACUACCUAUUAAUAAUUAGAAUUAAAUAUUAAUAUUCAGGUAGAUUUCCUAAUAGUUCGAUCCUUAGUUCGAUGACUUUGGAAUUAUAUUUUGCGUUCGUUUAUUUCGAUAGAAAAAACAAAAUGUGAAUAUUUAAUAGUAGUUUUCGGACUUUAAAAUGUACUUUGUAGUUAUGACAUAAGAACUCUAACACGUAUAUUUUUAGAAAGAUUUAUAUUUUUUCUUUCAUCGUUCUAAUUUGGCGAAUUACUAAAGAAAAAUUAAUAAAAAUAGUUUAGUAAAAACAAUGAGAGAUUUUCCAGGCUACGUACCAAAAAUAGAUGGCGCUGUACAGACCGUGGUAAUUACCUAUUUUGUAAUUGGUUUAGAAUUAUUAAAAAUAUCAUGUAAUAGCAGAGGUAUAUAUAUAUAACAAUAAUUGUUAAUACAUUGUUUUAAGUUUACGCGGUUAUUAUCAUAAUUAAAGCACAUAAUAACGGGUUCUUACCGCGUAAAUAUGUCUAGAUAUGUGUAGAUAUGUCUGCCCGUAGAAAAUUAUGGAUCUACCUACUCCACUCCAAUAUCAUCAGUCAUCCCGUGAUCAUGGCACUUGCAACAGUGUCGAAAUAUCGGGAGUCUCAUAUCCCCAUUUAAACGCGGUAAGUGCGUGUUCACACCAAACGUAUAGUCAGCCGCCGAUUGUGCGCAGGCUCACUAUAAGCCUCAGUGUGAACUUAAAAAUAAAUGGUAUUUUUUGUUCACAUUAAGCUUACAAUACGCUGUAGCUGACAAUACGCCAUUGGUGUGAACAAAACAGUCGGCUUGUAUACGUUCACACCAAAUGCGUACGCUGAGCGGCCGACUAUUUUUCAUAUAAAAUGUGCAAAUACUUGACUGAACUGAAUUGAAAACAAUCCGCCGGCCGAUUUGAAUCCAAUACGCUGGCGUUCAGCCGCGUAGCCAAUCAGCGUCCGCGGCGGUAGUGACGCACUUUAUUAGUCGGCCGCCGACUAUCAGCGUCUACGCAUAGCGUCAUGGCGUAUUGUCGGUUUGGUGUGAACGAAAAAGCGAAUAUGUAUGGAAUUACAAUACACUGCGUAACGCUCGCUCACUGUCGGCGGCUGACAGUCAGUUUGGUGUGAACACUGCCUAAGAACCCGUUAUUAUAUUAUGUGCUUUAAUUAUAACAAUAAUUGUUUCUACAUUUGGAUCAGAUCUGUAUAGAAUUAUGUUGUUACCUAUAUUGCUUUUCUUUAUUUUGAUCAGAAGAAUAAUGGGUGGAUGAUGUAUUGUGCCUAGGUAUACCUAAAAACAAAGAUAAAAAUGCAUUAUGUGUGUUAUCCAUGAAAUUAGAAGGAUAAAUGAAGGCGAAUUUGUACAGCGCCAUCAAUCAAAAAAUAUAGAUUUUUUUGGGGAACGUAGCCUGGAAAUUCAAACAUUUCGAUUGUUUUGUACCUAAUAGAUGAUUGCUGAACAUUUAUCUAAUUAUUUGCUAUAGCUAUUUGACUUAUGAAAAUUGUAGGUAGGUGAAUAUUUAAUCGUAUCUAUUAAUAUGCAUGGGGGUUCUAAAUUACACCCAACCUCUUAUAACUAACUGGUUUGCAAAACUAAGUGUCAUACUUUUAAAAAUUAUAGUAACUUUUAAGUAACAUAACAGCCUAUAUACGUCCCGCUGCUGGGCACAGGCCUCCCCUCAAUCAACCGGAGCAUAUUAUAAUUAUUUGGAGCAUACAACACCGCGCUGCUACACUGCGGGUUGGUAGAGAACUUUUUAAGUACACAAGAUAAACUUUCGUAGACCUAGGACUUACAUUGACCAAAUUGGAGAUGUCCUUAGAAAAGGUUUAGUACGAUCUACUCUGAUUGAUGAAUGUGGAGGAAGCAAGAGAAGUGUGUCAGGAUCGAAGCAAAUGGAAUUCCAUAGUCUCUGUUUACCCCGGUGGGAAAUAAGCGAGAGUUUAUGUAUAUAUGAGUAUGUAUAAACUUUCGUUUUAUAUAAGUUACUUUCAAAGAAAGCUGAUAAAAUUAUCUACUUAUAAAACUUUUUUAUUUUAAAUGUCUAACUUCUAUAGUUUACAUGAUUGAAAUUUUAAAAGUGGAGUGAGUACCUAUUUUGUUUUGCAGGCCAGUUCAGUGUUUUAGCAAAAACUCAAACUCUAUGCUAUAAGUAUUAUGAGCGAAGGUUAUAAAUACUUUGUAGACAAAACGGCAGGUAAUAAGCGUAUCAUAGCUAUAAUAGUAUAAUACCUAUAAGUAAAUAAAAAUACUGUGUUAGUCUCGAAGUUAUAUUUUAAUAGAAUAUAUUCCAUCAUGUAAAUAAUAUAUGCUAACAGCGCCUAAUAAAAUGAUAUUUUAUAAAAUGAAGUUUGUAUAUUAUAUAAAAUAUCAUGUUGUAAAACGCAUCGUGUGUUACACUAUGUAAAUUCUGUGUUGUAGCGUUUUUAAUAAAGUGACUGCGAAAAUA